GAACGAAACGCAGAGUACAAGGAAGCGUUCGACCUCUUUGACCAAGACAAGGAUGGACGAAUCACGAUGGACGAGCUGAAAACCGUGAUGACGUCACUUAGACUGCCCACCACUGAUGAACAGAUACAACAGAUGAUUGACAGGGUUGAUACCGAUGGGAAUGGAACGAUCGAGUUCUGCGAGUUCCGCGCCAUGUUGGAAGAACACCGGAAGCUGUUCGGACAGGAAGAGGAUGGAGAUGGCGUAAAACGGAAAGAGAUCGAAGACGUCGAGAAAACAUUUAAGGUCUUUGACAUCGACGGGGAUGGACUGAUUGAUUCGGAUGAACUCAAGAAAACGAUGUUGAUGCUGGGAGAGGAAGUGGAUGACGAUGACGUCACUAAGAUGAUGUCUGCUGCUGACCGCAACAAGGAUGGAAAGAUCGACUUCGAUGGUCGGUUCGCACGGAUGAAAAAAUGA